AUGAGCGCGGCGCGGAGCGGCACCGGGCGGCGGAGGGGGGGCGGGAGCCCGGCGGGGCGGCGGCGGCAGGGGCUGCGCUCGCUGGGCAGCCUGGCGGGGAGGCUGCUGCGCACCUGGGCGCGCCUGGCGGGGGGCCGCGGGCCGCGCCGAGCCGCGCCCGAGGACGAUGAGGGCGGGUUCCGGGGGGGCGGCCACGGGGGCGAGAGGCGGCGGCGGCGGCCCGGGGAGCCGGCCGCGGGGGGCGGCGGGGAGCGGCCUCCGGGCGCGCAGGGGCUGCGGAACCUGGGCAACACGUGCUUCAUGAACGCGGUGGUGCAGUGCCUCAGCAACACCGCGCCGCUCGCCGAGCUCCUGGCUCUGGGCCGCUACCGCGCCCGCGGGGCCCGCGCCGAGGUGACCCACCGGCUGGCGGCCCUGGUCCGCGCCCUCUGGACCCGCGACUACACACCGCAGCUCUCCGCCGAGUUCAAGAACAUUGUCUCCAAGCACAGCGCCCAGUUUCAGGGCAAUGCGCAGCACGACGCCCUUGAGUUCCUGCUCUGGCUGCUGGACCGCAUGCAUGAGGACCUGGGCGCCGCUUCCCUGGCCCCACAGACCUGUGUCUCCGAAGAGCCUAGUGAGGAUGGGAGUGGUGCCGACAGCUCCUCACCAGCCACCCAGCAUCCCCAUGGGCAGAGCUUUGUGCAGAGCCACUUCCAAGCUCAGUACAGGUCCUCCCUGACAUGCCCGCACUGCCUGAAGCAGAGCAACACCUUCGACCCCUUCCUGUGCAUCUCCCUGCCCAUCCCACUGCGCCAGACCAGGGCUCUCAACGUCACCCUGGUGCUGCAGUGCGAGCGCUGGAGGUUCGUGCGCGUGGGGCUGGCUGUGCCCCUGUUGGCCACCGUCGCUGAGCUGCGGAGGAUGGUGGCGCGGGAGGGAUGCAUCCCUCCAGAGCAGGUGAUCCUGGCCGAGGUGUCCCCGCAGGGCCUCCUGCGCUCCCUGGGUGAUGCAGAGGAGCUGGGUGCUGCUGGGGAGGGGGCUCCACUCUACGCCUUCCAGCCCCCCCCCGCCCGCCGCACAGGGUGCAGCCUGCCCUCCUCUCCUGGGGCUGCCCAGCCCGAGGGGCCGCACCAGGGACCGGCUGCCGCCCGCUCCUCUGACUGUCUGCACCGCGGGGCAGGCAGCCGCAUCCUGCUGCUGCUCUGCAACACAGUGGGCACCGGCCCCCAGCUCGCCAGGUUCGGGCCACCACUGUUGCUGCGGGAAGAGAGGAGUGUCUCCUGGGAGCAGCUCCAGCAGAGCAUCCUAGCCCAGCUGCGGGCCCUGCUGCAGGGAGAGGUGCAGGCAAAGGGCACAGGGGCCCUCUUCCGCAUCCGCCUGGCCGGGGGCUCAGACCCCUGCACCUACCUGUCCCCACAGGACCCCCGCCCUCUCUGCCACCCUGCCGUCGACAGAGCCCUGCAGCUGAGUGGGGCAGGUGGCCCUCCCCAUGUGAAGCUGACGGUGGAGUGGGAUGUGAGCACCAAAGAGCGCCUUUUCGGCAACCUCCAGGAGGAGGUGGUGCAGGAUGCGGAGAGUGUGCGGCUGCAGCAGCAAGCGCAUGGGCAGCAGCACAGCUGCACACUGGAUGAAUGCUUCCAGCUCUACACCAAGGAGGAGCAGCUGGCCCCGGAUGACGCCUGGCGCUGCCCGCACUGCAAGGUGCCCCAGCAGGGCAUGGUGAAGCUGAGCCUUUGGACACUGCCCGACAUCCUCAUCAUCCACCUCAAGCGCUUUCGCCAGGUGGCUGAGCACCGGCACAAGCUCACCACACUGGUGAGGUUCCCCCUGCGGGGUCUCGACAUGGCCCCUCACGUGGCACAGCGGGGCCAAGCUGGUGGGCAGCUGUUGGGGCGCUGGGCCUGGCAGGGCCCCCCCCGCCUGCCCCCAGGCUGCCCCCGUGACUCCCUCUACGACCUGUACGCGGUCUGCAACCACCACGGCAGCUUGCAGGGUGGGCACUACACUGCCUACUGCUGCAAUGCCCUGGAUGGGCAGUGGUACAGCUACGACGACAGCAGGGUGGAGGGGGUGCCGGAGGCCGAGGUGAGCACCCGCAGCGCCUAUAUUCUCUUCUACCAGCGCCGCAAGGCUGUGCCCACAUGGUCUGCUGGCAGCUCCGUCAGGGGCUCCCCGCUGGCGGAGCACUGGCUGUCCCGCCUGGACAGCAGCACAGGGGACACUGCAGCUGCCCAGCCCUCCCUGCCGGGCACCCACCAUGCCACUGCUGCCCAGGAGAAAGGAGGCUUCGAGGCCAGGCCCUUUGUGCGGGGCGUGCAGCGCCGCAGCCUUAGCGCCCAUCCCCCUGCCACUGGCGGCCGGUCCCUCGCGUGCCAGGAGCGGGGCCCGGGAGAGCUCGUGUCCUACCUGGAGUCCGGGCGCCGGCCUCGCUGCACGCAGCGCUCGCUGCUCCCGCUCGGCACAGGGGGCACCCCCCGCCAGCCCCUGCGCGUGCCCGCGCUGCGGCGAGCGGCCAGCGCCGGUCCCGAGGGGUCCCUGCGUGUGCCCCUCGGAAGCCAGAGCAGGAGGGGCACGGGGGGGCUGCCGCGGGCAGAGGGGGAUGCGGGUGACCCCAGCCUGGCAGCCCUGGUGCACUCGCGGAGCUUGGCCAGCCUGCCCCUGCACCGGGAGGGAGGCCUGCGGCGCUCGGCCUCGCUGGGCAGGGGCACGGGCACGGGCACGGGCACGGGGGGGCCUCCCCUGCCCGCCUGGGGUCCCCCUGGGGCCACGCUGCGGCGCGGGCAGCAGCUCACAGGCUCCCUGCAGCGCCCGGCAGUGCCCGAGUCCAGCUUCUGAGCCAUGGCCAGUGGGGCUCCCGCCAUGGGGGCUCCCUGGCUGGGGGUGUCUCAACACAAGGGCUUCUGAGCCAGGGGAUCCCAAACAAAGGUCACGCUGAGCCAGGAACAUCCCAACCUGGGGGCAUCCCAGUGGAGACAGUCAGGUAUCCCUAAGAUGGGUCAUCCCAAACCAUGGGAGGGCCUCCCAAACAGCGAGCAUCCCCAACCUCCCAAAUGAAGGCAUCCUGAUUUUGGGCUCCCAAACCAGGGACAUCCUGAACCAAGGGCAUCCUGAGCUGGAGGCUCCCAACCUUGGGGGAAUUCCAAACCAGGGUAUCCCAGCCCAGUGGUUCCCCAACAGGGGCUGUCCUGAACUGGAAGCUCCCGAACAGGGAAUCCUGACGUGGGGGCUCCCAGAUGAUGGUAUGCUGACUCAGGGCACCCCGACCCAGGGGCAUUCCAAACAGGGGCAUCCCAAACUGCAUGUUCCUGACCUGGGGACAUCCCAAACUGGUGGCUCUGAAACCAGAGCCAGGAGUAUCCUGAGCUAGGAGCACCACUCACCCCCCUGCCCAUGCCCCUUCCCAUGGAGCAGGCGGACAGGGGCUCCCCAGCCCUGUCAGCUCUAAGGCACGAGAGUAUUUAUUGUAGCUGGAGAGUUUUAUUCAGGUGCUUUUUGUUUUCCAAAAGGCAGCUGUUGGGGGGCUGGGGGUCCCCACACCACACUCUAUGCAACCCAGGAUUUCUCCAGCCAGCUUUUGUACACAGGGGCUGCUGCCCACUGCACACCGUUUCUAUUAAAGACACUGAAAGGA